AUGGCGUUGACUAUUUUCACCAAAGCUAUCGCUCUCUACCUCGGUUGUCUUGUCGCAUUACUUCUGCGAUACAGCAUCCACCUUUUCACUGCUCGCCGGUCAUUGAGACAUGUCCCUGGUCCUCGAUCAUCGUCGUUGUUCUGGGGCGAGGAAUGGCUCCUAUACCACGCCCUGCCAGGCUCGCACUAUGUUCGAUGGCACCAGCGUUUCGGAAAAAUUGUCAAAUUUACCGGAGCCUUCGGGCAUCAAGUUCUUUCCAUAACCGACCCCCGCGCUAUAUCGUACAUACUUGGAGAAGGGAUCUACAACUUCCCCAAACCCAAUGGAGUUCGGGAGUGGUUCAAGGCGACCCUCGGGGAAGGCAUCCUCUGGGUGGAAGGGAAAGAUGCACAUGAAAAGCAGAAGCGAUCACUUGCACCGGCUCUCAGUCAGCAGUCAGUCAGGAUCAUGGCUCCGAUAUUCUACGAAACUUCCGCUAAGCUCGCCGGUCAAUGGUCCAAACUUUUCGAUCAAAGCACCAGCGAGGACGUUGAGAUUGAGAUGACGAACUGGGCCGGCCGUUUCGCCCUUGACACCGUUGGGCGCGCCGCGUUCUCCUAUGAUUUUGGGUGCCUUUCCGGUGAACCGCAUGCCCUCGCAGAAGCUCUGGAUGGCCUCACCAACAAUGAGAACAAGCUGUCGUCCUUCUACAUGCGAGCUCUCUUUUGGAUUUUCCCGUCCAUUUUGUCUGUCGGGACCAAAGGCGAAAUGAUCCGAAAAACGAAGCAAGAACUAGGUUCCAUUGCCUCGAAGAUGUGGAAGGACGCCAAGGUUGUCGGUGCUGAUGGAAGGAACAUACUUGCUGUCAUGUUGGAAGUUAAUUCUACUGAUGGGACAAUGUUUGGAGAAGAGUAUAUCGUUUCGCAGAUGCGAACGGUCAUUUCCGCAGGAUACGAACCCGUAUCCGCCCUUAUCGCGUGGAUUCUGUAUGAACUCGCGUCAAAUGAGCGUCUUCAACAAGAACUUCGAGAAGAGAUAUGGACCGCGGGAGAUGCAUCAUUUGACGAACUGAAUACGAAGUACCCCCUCCUUGACGCUGUUUUCAAAGAGACGCUGCGAAUGCAUCCACCAAUCUUAGAAAAUCACCACGAGGCAGCCGAGACCAUCGCGGUGCCCUUAUCUGAGCCCCUUCCGGGAACUUCAGAAUGUUAUCUCAUCAUACCAAAAGGAACUAUUCUGGAGAUUCCCGUGAACGUCGUCCAGACCGAUCCAACAAUAUGGGGAUCUGACGCGGAACAUUUCCGCCCCGAACGUUGGCUGGAGCGUAAAAGAGAAGGUAUCAGACAUGGGCGAGAAAUUUUUGCUUUCAGUGAGGGCCCUCGCUCGUGUAUCGGGAAGGCAUUCGCGAUGUGUGAGAUUAAGGAAAGUUUGAUGCCCUCGUUCGGUUCUGAUGGUCACGCUGCUUCGCCAAUUUUCGUUUACCUGUUCCUACGAGAUCGAACCUUUCCAGAGCUUCGUCAUUCGUCCUCGUAUUAA